CCGCCAUCUACGAGUAACACAGCAACCGUGACCCUGGGUUCAGCGUCACCAGCACCCAGCAAUCCGUGCGCCGCGGAAGCACGAAUCUGGAAAUGUGUGGAAGCUUCAGCUCCGAAGAUCGUGCGUCAUGGCGAUCAUGAACAUGGGCGCCACAGCUUUCGCGGUUUCGCCAUCGUGUAUAAGAGGAACGCUUUCGCGCUCCUCCCCUUCAGCUGAAGAAGAUCCAGAGCAGCCCACCAGGCCACGACUCAGUCAGCUCAGCUCAGCUCUUCUAGAGUCCUUCCUAGACAGCCAACAUCGCCAACAUGGUUUCCUUCACCUACCUGGCUCUUCUUGCCUCGUCGGUCCUCGGCGCCGUUGCCGCCCCGGCCGCCGAGCCUGCUGGCGCUGACCUGCCCGACUUCGAGUUCAACAUCGAGGCUCGCAACCUCACCCGCCGCCAGGACUACAACCAGAACUGGAAGGGCGGCGGCGGCAGCGUCCAGUACUCGGCUACGAGCAACGGCUACUCGGUCACCUUCUCGGGCGCUGGCGACUUCGUCGUCGGCAAGGGUUGGAGGACUGGCAGUGCUUCCCGGACCAUCAAAUACCAGGGCAACACGCAGGCCCAGGCCGGCACGGUCCUGCUCUCGGUCUACGGCUGGUCGCGCAACCCGCUGGUGGAGUACUACGUGCAGCAGUACACGUCGAACGGGCAGGGCUCGGCGCAGGGCCAGAAGCUGGGCACGUACGAGAGCGACGGGGCGACGUACGAGAUCUGGAAGCACCAGCAGGUCAACCAGCCCUCGAUCGAGGGCACCUCGACCUUCUGGCAGUACAUCUCCAACCGCGUCAGCGGCUCGGCCCCCACCAGCGGCACCGUCACCAUGGCCAACCACAUCAACGCCUGGAAGCAGCACGGCCUCAACCUCGGCCAGCUCGACUACCAGGUCCUCGCCACCGAGGGCUGGGGCGGCGCCAGCGGCAGCUCGAGCUACACCAUCAGCGGCUAAGCGGAGUCGUCUCGGGCUGUCCACGUCUCCUGGGCUUUUCCUCGGGCGUGUGGAUCUCAGAGCUUCGCAAUUUGAGGCCAUCAUGGUAAAAAAAAUUGCAAAGGCGGGGGAAUAAGGGGUUGGAGGGUGGACUGGCUAGGAUAGGAUACUUCGCUUCUGCAAGCAGCCUCUUUGAGACUCGAUGUCAAUAUAGGAGACUCAAUUAUAUGAAUUCCGUGUUUUUUUUUUUUUUUUUCUUGCG